AUAACAAAUUUCAUUUCCAAUGCACACAGAGCAAACAAUGGCGAUCGAGACAGCAAUACACGAUGCACACAACUCACACAACUUAGUAUCGCAACCCAAUAAGCAACCCCUCAAAAUCAACAACCAACAAAGAGGAAUCCAUAUGUGAGGUCAGAAUUGAACAGGGGAUUCCAUAUGUGAAUGAAAAAGGAGCUUACUGGGAUUCCAUAUGUGAGGUCAAAAUUGAAUAGGGGAUCUCUUUCCAGCUCCCGAACCUGCAACACCACAAAGCCAUCACCCAUCAGCAAUUCAAACGAACAUUUUCAAUAUUUGGGUUCAUCGCACAGAAAGGAAUCACUGUGUAUGGAAUCGAAAACAGAGCAAUCGCCAGGAACCCAUGUAAAUGAGAAACGAGGAGGAGUAAAACAGGGGAAUGAAAACGUACAACGAGUUUGACAACGUCAAUGGCGGGGAGAUUAGAGCGGAGAACAGAGAUGCCGAGAUUGAGGCAGCGAGUGAGGAGGCGUUUGGCCUGUCGUCUGCUUUUGUCUCUUCGUCGUCGAUGGGCGAGGACGAUAAUGGCGGCGAGGAGGCUCUGUUACGUUUAGGUUUGCCAAAGAGGCAAAGACGAAGAGACGGCGACUGCCGACUGCACGAGGAGAGCUGAAGGCUAGGGUUGCUGCUCUCAAAACUCAAAACGACAGCGUGAUGCAUGAUGCAGCUUUCGGGUUUUGCGGGUUGUUUUCGGUUUUGCGGGUUUUAGUGAACCGAAACCGAUGCACUCCAUAUCGGGUUGAACCCGAAAAAACCGAAACCGACACUGUGCACAUCGGUUCGGGUUCGGGUUAAACCGAAAACCCGAAACCGAAUUGACAGGCCUACGUAGAAGCAGUGUCAAGAAUCCAGACUCUGUACCAAUCUGGACUCCUGGAGAUCUCACUCUCGGGUUGAAAGUUGAUAAAUAACAAACACCUGGUAUCAGCAAGAGCAAGAAUAAGAUUAUAGUUAUAGC